UUUAAGUAAUUUCACACUGAACCACUUCAUUUAAAACCGGAUCUUCCCUCGCCUUCCCCUCCAUUCUUCUCACUACAUAAACCAAAUCACACACUCUGUUUUUUUCUCUGUAAACAAAAAUGGCAAAUCCAAAAUCCAAAAAAUCGUUUCCGUCUGUAACAACAUGUGAUACCUCCGCCGUGAACCACCGCACAGUGGCGGCGGAUCUCGACGGAACUCUCUUAAUUUCCCGAUCAUCUUUUCCUUACUUCAUGUUAGUAGCAAUCGAAGCCGGUAGCCUUUUCCGCGGGCUCGUCCUACUCCUCUCUUUUCCUCUAAUCGCUAUUGCGUAUGUAUUCAUCUCCGAAGCAUUAGCGAUUCAGAUGUUGAUUUACAUCUCGUUCGCUGGACUGAAAGUCCGGGAUAUAGAGCUAGCUUCUAGGGCUGUGUUGCCGAGAUUUUACGCGGCGGAUGUGAGGAGAGAGAGUUUUGAAGUGUUUGAUAAGUGUAAAAGGAAAGUCGUGGUUACUGCAAAUCCGACUAUUAUGGUUGAGCCAUUUGUGAAGGAUUUUUUAGGAGGUGAUAAGGUGCUUGGAACGGAGAUUGAGGUGAAUCCAAAGACGAAGAAGGCUACUGGAUUUGUUAAGAGUCCUGGGAUUUUGGUAGGAAAAUGGAAGAAAUUGUCGAUAUUGAAGGAAUUUGGAGAUGAAAUGCCUGAUAUUGGAUUGGGUGAUCGCGAAUCUGAUCAUGAUUUCAUGUCCAUUUGCAAGGAGGGUUAUAUGGUGCUACCUAGCAAAUCAGCGAAGCCAGUACCCCUUGAUCGUCUGAAAAACAGAUUGAUCUUCCAUGAUGGUCGCUUGGUGCAGCGCCCAACUCCAAUCAACGCGUUAAUCACCUACAUUUGGCUGCCAUUUGGAUUUGCUCUUGGAGUUUUUCGCGUAUACUUCAAUCUCCCUCUUCCAGAGCGCAUUGUUCGUUAUACGUAUGGGAUGGUUGGGAUCAACCUUGUUAUCAAAGGCCCUCGACCACCUGCACCAUCACCAGGAACCCCAGGGAACCUCUACGUGUGUAAUCAUCGUUCAGCCCUCGAUCCAAUUAUCAUUGCUAUUGCACUCGGGAGAAAAGUUUCCACUGUCACAUAUAGUGUAAGCAAGCUCUCCAGAUUCUUGUCACCAAUUCCAGCCAUUGCUUUAACACGUGAUCGCGAAGCUGAUUCUGCUAUGAUCAAGAAAUUGCUGGAGAAGGGUGAUCUUGUUGUGUGCCCUGAGGGGACUACAUGUCGUGAGCCGUUCUUGCUGAGGUUCAGUGCUCUAUUCGCAGAAUUAAGCGAUAGGAUCGUGCCAGUAGCAGUGGACUCAAAGCAGAACAUGUUCUAUGGCACGACUGUCCGCGGGGUGAAGUUUUGGGAUCCAUAUUUCUUCUUCAUGAACCCAAGGCCAACUUAUGAAGCGACAUUUCUUGAACCAUUGCCAAUGGAAAUGACUUGCAAGGCUGGUGGGAAAACAUCAAUUGAGGUAGCUAACCAUGUACAGAAAGUGUUGGGUGGGGUUCUUGGAUUUGAAUGCACUCAGUUGACAAGGAAGGACAAGUAUAUGUUGCUUGGUGGAAAUGAUGGUAAAGUGGAGUCCAUGUACUCCAAGAAAGCAUGAAUUAAAGUUCAAUGGGAGGAAGGUAUUAUAGCUAAUUGCUUUUGGGGGAUUUUCUAGUAAGAUUUGUGUUCAAUAUUAUAUAGAACUCUAUUGUUGAAGGGACUAGUUAAUCUGUAUGUGUAUUCAACAGACGAUAUUAAUUGAAAUCAAAUUUGUGCGUA